AUGUUAUUGUUGCAGUUUCUCAUCUCUAUCUGCGUGUGCGCUGCCGGCUCACCUAUCGAAGAUGGCAAAUGGAAUCCUUAUAAAUACGGCGACAGUGGCAAAUACAUACCGACUGAUGAGGGAAAAUAUAUCCACAUACCGAAUCCCUACAUCCACAUAGAUAACCCUUAUGAUGGUGGAUUCGGACCCUACUCCCAUGACUAUGAGCCCUACGUAGAGGCAGCUUCCCAAGAUGUCUACAGAUUGGUACAGAAACCGCCUCAGGAGUUCAAUCCGUUCUACAAGAAGGGAUACUAUGAAAAUAACGGAAUAAAAAUCUUAAACCAAAAGCACAAUUACGAAGAAGACAAAUACGAUUUUGUUUUUGAAACAGAAAACAAAAUCCGUGCAAAGGAAAAUGCAGUACUGAAGAAUCCAAAUACGAUCGACGAGGGAAUUGCAUCCAAAGGUUUUUAUGAAUACAUUGGACCUGACGGCUUCAUGUACAGAGUCGACUACACCGCUGAUGAAAAUGGUUUCCGCCCCAAACUGAAGAGGCUAGAAACCCCUUACUCUGGAAAAUGGGUGCUUGAAAAGGUCAACAAAUAA